AUGACCAAGAAGGCAAAAACAAAAUCGAGCGGAUUCUACCAGCCUCGGCAGCCCGUCGCCACCAGCACGUCGCUCUCUGCGGAUGGGCACCGUCAAGUCGUCUCCCAUCACGUAUUCGACUUCCAGGACGUCGCUGUUGCAGACGUUGCUCCACCGCAGGACGCCCCCGCGCCCGCCGACACCGACGAGUCUCUUGCAGAUGCCAAUGCGUUGUUGGAGCCCGAGCCUGUUGAAGGCAUUCGCGGCGUGUCGGUCAUUACGAAGACCCGCGCGAAACGCUAUGCGGCUUCCGACAAACCCCUCGCGGCCUGGAAGGCGUUCAGAGACGAAUAUCUCGACGAGAUAUUACGUCUGGAAGGGCGCGGAAGCUUCCGAGGAGUGAGCUCCUGCCCUGGUUGCACAGCAGGCAUCCCGAAGUUCCGAUGCUGCGAAUGUCUGGGCAGCCAGCUGCUGUGUCAGGCUUGUUUGAUUACCAGCCACCAACUCCUGCCGCUGCAUCGCGUUGAGGAAUGGUCGGGCACAUUCUUCAAGCGCACCUCGCUGCGCGAACAGGGCGCCGUUCUGCGCCCCGCCCACAUCUUCGAGUCGGGCUGCGUUGCAGCACAAGUCCCAGUGGAAAUGGUCGUUUUGCACCUCAACGGAAUCCACCUCGUACAGGUGGAGUUCUGUGACUGCUCCGCCUCCGAGCGCCGCUCCCAAUUGCUGCGCCUUGGCUGGUGGCCCGCUUCCCCGUUCGAGCCCAGGACGUGCAUCACAGUGGCUCUUCUCCGCCACUUCCAUCUUCUGAACCUGCAAGGGAAGCUGCCUGCAUACGACUCUACCGGGCUCUCGAACUUGCUACCGACAACGUUGGGCUUCAGCGCCCUCCUGGCUAGCGUAUUCAUGCUCGCGGUACGAGAGUGGCGCCACGUCACCAUGGCUAGGCGAGCCGGCCGUGGACACGACCGCUCAGGAAUCGACGGUACGGAGGCGGGGGGAUUUGCGGUGCAAUGUCGGGCAUGCCCCCAGCCCGGCAUAAACCUUCCCGAAGGCUGGGAGUCCACAAGGCCAGAAGAUGCAUGGCUCUAUCAGCUCAUGAUAUCUCAAGACGCAAAUUUCCGCCUGAAGAAUCGCCUCAGGCAUUCAAGUCGGGAGCACACAUGGCUCAGCCCUGGAUUGGUGUACUUCGUGAGCAGCGACGAGUACGCCAAAUACAUCGGAGAGUACGCUGCUACCCAGGACGACGUUCGGACCUGUUCCGGCUUUGCGGCGUUGCUCAACACUCUGACUCGCAAGUCGAAGGGCCUACGCUCCACGGGCGUGGUGGCAGUGAGCUGUCGGCAUGAGCUCUGCCGUGCAAACGGUCUUGGAGAUCUUCAGAAGGGCGAACGGUACCGCAACAUGGACUUUGUCCUCGCUUCCAGCAUUCGCCGCACCCUCCUCAAGUCGAUCAAGAACUCUUACGAUGUCGCAUGCGAGUGGCACAAGAAUUUCUUUUCUCGUAUCGAAGACUUACCCGAGAACUUGCGCCCGCGCAUCCCAGCGGACGGAUGGACCUUCCUGGUUCCCAAAUUCCACGUUGCGGCCCACAAGGAGUCAUGCCAAGCAACAUACUCGCCUCACUGGUCGCUGUACGCCGCGCGAUUUGACGGGGAGCACGUGGAGCGUAUCUGGUCCAGGUUGAAUCAAGCUGCGCCGAGCACGAAGGAAAUGGGACCGGGAGCACGGUGGGAGACCCUGGACGACUUCUGCGGGUUUAAUAACUGGCGGAAGAUUACUCAGCUGGGUGACGACUUGCUCCGGUGGCAAAUUGAAGCCAUUCCCCAAGCGGCGCUCCACCAAGCCGACUUCGAGUCCUUCGAUCGCUUCCUCCGCCGCCAACGCCCGCAAGAUGUGCAGGAGUGGGAGAUCAUGACCGUCAAUUGGGAGCGUCGCCGCCAGGGUCCCAACCCUUAUGUUCUGCCGAAAACCACCGUCACCCGCGCCGACAUCCAACUACAAUAUCUUACAGCGGAGAACGCUGCCAUUGCGGACGGAAACGUGGCGGGACACGACGGGACUGCAGUCGGGUUCAUUGUACUCGGGCUGGAGAUCCGGGAGGCCCAGGUUGCCUUGGCACACCAGAAGAAGGCAGCCACCACUACCUUACAGCAACUUGGCUGGCACAAGUGCGCCGUACCGGUCGUCAACAAGCUCGCACGCUUCUUCGAACUGCAAGCACGCUACAUGCCUGGCUUGUCCACUCACGCACACCAGGGUGCUCCCACUGUCAAAACCGUCAAUUCGUGCCCCAUCGUUCUUCCCUCUGAUCUCGACAGCACUCGCCGUGCUUCUGCCUGCGUUGAAGGGCUCCCCAAGAUCGAAGAUGAGCUUCGAGAAGCUGACACUCAGGAAGCCCUCGAAGCCCUACGCCACGCGCUUCGGAUGCGGACAUCCUACAAUGUGGAUAAGAUCAAGAACGUCACCGGCCAGGUGCACAACACCCGCGCUCGCGAGAAGCAGGCGUCCGUCGACGACACCGUCAAUGACGAAAAACAAUGGUACCGUGAAGCUCGCAGCGCCCUCGAAAAGCUGCGCGGUGCUGGAGACUGGCAGCACGCCUUGCGAGUUCUCCUCGAUAGCGAUGUUACCCAGAACAACGCCGAGGCAUUCGACGCCGUUCUCGAUGAAGGACUCAUCGCAUACGCCGACCGCCAUUGCGUCAUGGAGACCUCAUUGGCGGACGCAUUCGAGGUGAAGUGGCGCGCGGUGCACACGCGAGCGGCCUCCUUCAUCAACAGCGAGCAUUCCACCGCCAACGAGCCCGCGGCAAAUCCGAGCGAGGGAGAAGUGACGGAGGUGGUGGAGCUCGAGCUAGAUGCGGGUGAGGGCGACGACGGCGAGGAUGGGGAAGGACACGAGUUUUGA